UGGCUGCUGAUAGAAGUAAACACUGUUUAUCAGCUGUCAAGUUUGUCGCUGAGAAUUGAAGAGGUGGUGUGACAGUAGCGUGCUUGAAGCAACAGAUCAACACAGGCAAGUCUGUGGAUAGAAGAAGACGAAACAAUAACUUUAAGAUGUCUCUUGAAAACGACAAUCCCGGUCGCUUGCUGUCAGCACUUAUCAAGGAACUGAAAUCACUGGCUUUGAGCAAUAUUGAAUACUUUCAAAAUGGGAACCAGAGCCACCAUGCUAAAUAUCACACGUCAUUUUGUCUCUUGUACGAAUAUUUGGACAUGGGUAUCGAGCCUAACAUAGCUGGCCUACUGCCAAGACUGUCUGAUUUUGACGUGUCACCGGACCUAAAAGGAAAUGGUUACAGAAGUUUGAUAAGGAUUGUUUAUAAAUGUUGUUUGCAUUUAGCCCAGCUGCUGAGGUAUAUUGUGGUGAACAGAGAUUCAAUACUGUUCAGAAGAGCCCACUACUGUAAAGAGGUUGAAGCUUAUGUCAGCACCAUAGGCCAGCUGAGAGCAUGUCUCUAUUAUGCUAACAAGCUCAUCAACUACUGUCAAGAUGGAAACCUGUUUGCAGAUGAGGAAAAUCUGAAUGAAAAUAUUGCAGAGCAAUUGAUGGAGGAAGUUGAGAUGUUAAAUCAAGAUUGUUUUUAUGGUCGUUGUCUUGGAUUCCAGUUCUGUGACUCAAUGCAGCGUCCUCUUCAUGCUGUUGCCAUAGCAAUGGCAUCUUUCUCUGAGGGUUAUCAAGAAAACUCGCAGGUGAUGCAGCUAGCCACCUCCCUUGUUAGCAGUGGGAAGUAUUGGAUGAACCCUGAACUCCGAGCACAGCAGGUUGUUUACACAACUCGGACAGCAGACGUCAAGUUUUGCAAAGCAUUCUGGGGGAUCACUGAAACUGAAAUAAUGAAGUCAUUGCCGUCCCUGGUGUGUCCACCAGUUCAGGUGAACGAGGUUAUCUCCCUUGGGCCAGAUUCCUUUGAAAUGCCCACAGCAGACGGGUCUGACAUUGUUGUGAUCACACCCCCAUGUUCCCACACUGGCCCAGGACACGUGCAAGUCAGACUCAUCUCAUCAAUCAUCAGGGAGGGGCAGGAAUAUCACCUGAAGCAGCCUCCGAAGUCAAGAAAUGGCCGUCCAGCCCCAAAGCUGGCUCCCAGAGCUCCUGGCCUGCUGGUCCACUGUCAUGGGGGAGGAUUCGUGGCUCAGUCAUCCAAGUCACAUGAGGUGUACCUGCGCCACUGGGCCAAGGAGCUGAACGUACCCAUACUGUCCAUAGACUACUCCCUGGCACCUGAGUUCCCCUUCCCCCGCGCCCUGGAGGAGUGCUUCUACGCCUACGCAUGGGCCACGCAGAACUGUGACAAGCUGGGUAUGUUUGCCUGUUGUUUGGUACAACGGGGGGAGAGAAUCUGUGUGGGAGGCGACAGUGCGGGGGGAAACCUCAUGAUAUCCACAGCCAUGAGAGCCGCUGAGUUUGGCAUCCGCUGCCCAGACGGUAUCAUGGCUGCCUACACCCCUGUACUGGUGCGCUACACACCUUCUCCGUCGCGGCUGCUCUGCCUCAUGGACCCACUGCUGCCAGUCGGCAUUCUGUCCAGGUGUCUCGCAGCGUAUGCCGGUGUGUCAGAUGAGCUGGCAUCCGGACUGGCAAGCACAGUGUUUCCUGGUGACAAGGACUCGCUCAGUUCCAUCAAACUCAAGUCUGAUGAGUCGACAGACACAGACUGGGUCAUCAUUUCCCAGGAUGAGAAGGCAGCCAAGACCAGGGGUCCAGUUAUCCACUCUUCACAGAUGGACCAGCUGACUCCAUCUCCAUGUGCCGAUGGUAUGGACCAUCUGAUCACUCAAAGUGAAGUGCUGGACUUGAAUGAGGGAUCAGGCAUCGUUAUGGACUCCCCGUCACCGGACACCUUCUUCACUCCGGGAGAGGGCAAGGGGGAGGUAGGUUUCCAGGAUAUGGCCGAGGUGCAGCGUGAGUCACUGGAAGACAUUAGGCUGGACAGUCCAACACCAGUGUCAGAAGGGCAGAGAAUCUGUAAGGAGAUUGCUGAUGUGUUAGCUGAAGAUUCUACACAACAGAUCAGUCAGAUGAAUCUAGAUCGGGACUCUGAUACAUCAUCUGGUUAUGAAAUUCUGUUUGAUAAGAACCCACAGUCUGCUAAUGGACAGUCUAAUCAAGCAGAAGGUGCAUUUAAAAAGGGAGAUAACUCCGAAGGCCAUUCUAAACAGGGAGAUAACUGUGUAUCUGAACUUGAAGGCCAGUUUGUGAUACAGGCUCCUGUUUUGAACCCUGACUUAAGGAUGACGUCCACUCCAUCUGUAGACAGUGGCUGUCAUAUUGAGGAACAGACAUCUACACAGCAGGAACACCAAACACAUAGUGCAGACAUGGCUCAUUCUAACACUGAUGCCAAUACUGUCGAUAUAACUGACCUACCCAGCAGUGCAGGAAGCUCAGCUCAGAACUCACCAUCAGCCCUCCGAUCAAAACUGCAUCUAAAUUUGAAAAAGACAUCGGAGUCACCCCUCAAAACUAAUCAGCCCCCAGCAACUCAUAUUCAUCGAUCUGCCUCAGCGGGUGUUUUCAAGACCACUGUCAACAAUCCUGGGUCCCCCACAGACUUCCUCCGGCACCGCCACACCGCUCAGAGCCCGCUGCAUGCGAUACGGCGCCUGCCUAUAGUGAAGAACCCCUUCAUGUCUCCACUACUGGCCCCAGAUCACAUGUUGAAGGGGCUGCCUCAUCUCAGUCUGGUGGCAUGUCACCUUGACCCUAUCCUGGACGACUCCAUCAUGUUUACGAAGAGACUCAGGAAGCUGGGGAACUCAGUUGACCUUCACCUUGUAGAUGACCUACCUCAUGGUUUCCUCAACUUCGCCCUGGUUUGCAAGGAGGCAAGACAAGCAUCCGAAGUCUGUAUUUCCAAACUGCAGGACAUGUUGGCGUCCAGGUAGACCAGCCACGUGUACUGACACGCCCCUGAAGUCCACAGGUACGCAGGUUGUAUCACUGCUGUACCUGUCCACAAGUGCUUCAACGCAAACCACAACCCGGCAACAGCAACGAUUGGUGUAUUUGUCAUUCAUGCAGAUUUCAUGCAGAUAAGUGUUCAUGACAUGGUAGCAGAUGUGAUUAAAUAUAUAUUUAUGCCUCGUAUCCAUGUCUGUUAGAAAUAUAAUGUGCAUUGCAUGCUGGAAGUGAUCUCAUACAUGGCAAAGGAAUAUUCAUUAUAGCUGGAUUUUUACAAAAUGUGUUUUUAGAUUUGAAUUCUGACAUCUUAACUUAUCUAAUUAUCUAUCUGUAAAUUUUGUUACGUUUCUGCUAAUAAUAUUUUGUGAUGUUAUAGGAUGAUUGAAAAGCCUUGAUAAACCUUCAUGUUAAUAUGCCAAAUUUGUUAAUUCUCUGGUCAUGGCUUUGUGAUUGAACCUAUUCAGAUAGGAAAAUUGAUAGUAUGAUAAGAAACAUAAUUUUGGAAAUCCGAUAAUGUUUUAAUUGUAUGUACAUGAUGUAAAUAUCUAAGAUUCCAAAAGGAAAUGCAUUGCCAGUGUUAUAGUUACAUGGAUACGUUACUUAACAUCUCACUGAUCUCAAUUAACUUAAACACACACCUUGGAAGACACACACACUGUUGGUUUAUAUACUGACCAUGGGCCAGUGUUCUAGGACUGGAAGGGUUAGUGAGGGCUGAGAAGGAGUCCCUGAAACUGGUCAUGGUGGGGGACAUGAAACUGACAUUAGUGUUUCUGUGCAUGUACAGAAGAAAAUUAUUAUGGCAAACAAUUGUGAUGUGAUAUAAAAUAUAUCGUAACAUCUGUCAUUCUUUUGUUGUUACAGAUGUAGUCAAAUUUUCUCCCAUGGGUAAAUGUCACCUCUUAAAUGCUUAAGUGUUCUGAACAAAUCCAAGGGUUGUAAAAAAGGUUGCACACAUGUAGAAAGGGUAAUUAGAUUUUGUUGUUGUGAAUGUGCCAUUAUAUAGCAUCAGUCUCUCUGUGUUUAUACACAGGAUGAUUGCCAGUAGUUGAUGAUAUUAGUAUGGAACCAGUAUGAGAACAGAGAACGGUGUAAAGCUGUACUAUUGGUUUUAUAACUGUGCAAUUUUGUUUUGAUAAAGUGCUUUACGAAGUCCUUUAACUUGAAUAUGCAUGGAUUUGUAAGUUCACACCAAUUGUACUUGUCAACAUAAUAAUAAUAAUAUUGUGUCCAUAUAUAUAACACCAAACUCCACGCUAGGUAUGUUCACAGCGUUAACUACCAAUAGCACAGCACAUUAUUACCCCGGAUAACCCAAGCUGCCUGUGAGGUGCUAGAAGGUUAUAGUCACAUGACUUUUUCCACCGGGUACCCAUUUUCUUGCUGGGUGAACAGAGGCAAUGUGAACAAACUCACUUGCCUAAGGUGAGACCACAUGUAUCACUUAGGUAUAGGUGUAAGUCUUACUUGCUGCUGACAGCUGGUGUUUCAGCUGGAGAUUGUACAGCUGACUCAGGUAAAGUCAAUCAUUACCAUACAGCUGCCUCACUCAGUAUACAAGUGUACCCCUGCAAAUGUUCAGCUCUUAAUUACCAUGACAUUAGGUAUCCACAGUGUGCUGCUUCCAAUACAGGGUGAUGACAGGACCUCACCUCAACACGUUUUUCCUCACACGUUACAGUUCCAUGUCUCCCAUCACCAGAACCUGCUAAAAUUAAACCAGAAAUUCAUUUGUUUUAGACUAGUCCAGAAAAAUAGUGCAGGGCUUGAUUUAAGGAAAUGAAAUCAAUUUCCACCUAUUGCAACCCUAGGUAAUGACCUGGUUGCACCAGACAAAAACAGGUUGCACCUGUUUCUCAAUAUAUAAUUAUAUAUGAUGCUUGAACUUGGGUAUUGGUGAAUUAGAACAUCCUUGUAGCAAAAUUAUUGUGAUUUUAUUUUACUUCAUAAUUUCAUGACAUGAACAGUAGCAGUUAUUCAAACACUGUCUGUGUUGUCAUCAGAGCCACUGCUCUAAGCCAGUUCCUCAUCAUUCUGUUUCCCAGAUGAAGUCUGUGUUAUUU